UCACAGAACUUUCCGAUCAGCUAAUUUGAAACAUCUUGUGAAAAAGCCUAUUGAGCGGAGCUAAGCCAAACGUCAAACCGACCGAUCCCUACCUGAAAGUGAGCCUGCUUGAAGUAGUCAUUAGUGCACGUAAAAAGCUAUACAGAUAUUAUUGCGAACUAGUUUGUAACAUGAUGGAACUUUUUUAUAAUAACAAAGUUGAUUUGACAGCUGCUACGGAUUGAUUCGGCUUACUUUAUGCAUGCAUAUUAGACUAAAAGAAAUGAAAUAUACAAAUUAACUCAAAAAGUUAUAGUCUGGGAUUUAUGAUAGUCUGGGAUUUAUUCUAAAACUUUGUAGCAAACCUUUGCUGAUUGUUUUAGCCUGGAGAAAAUCUUUGAAAGAUCUCCCCGAGAAAAAAAUACGAGAUAUCCAUCAAAGUAUUACCGGAAGCAGCACUGACGGUAUAGCUAGAAAAAUUUAUUUAUGAAAUUCUAAUACAAACAUUGAGGAAAGCUUUGGUGCAAUUUCUGUGAAAAUUACUGAAAUUCUGGAGAAAAUUCAGGAGAAACUUUUUAACGCAUCACUUGAGAAGUAGCUGCAAUAAUUUCUGCAAUUACUGUGAACAUUUCUGGAAAAUUAAAAUAUUUAAAAGUUUUUUCAAACUUUUACCCUUUGUAAGCAAUUACAGACAGUAGUGUCGAACACGUCAAGGGCGAAAAGUAACUAUAAUAAAGCAAAUAAAAAUAAUAGUAAAAAACUAUACAGAUCAAUUACGGCUGCAAUGCUGAGACCAAACGACAUAAUAUUCAUAGCAUUUAACAUCUGUUUGAUGACUCCUGGACGUAAUAACUCGCAUGAUUCUCGCUACUCAAUCACUAAUUACAAAUAAUCGAUAACAUGAACUUUACGACGACGACAAUUUGACCCGACUGACCUCGUCGCGAGCAUGAAUUCCAACCAUUCAUCACCAUGAAAUGGUUCCAAGCGUACAACUUCUUCGACUCAUUCCGUCCGGUCUACUUGGCUACGAAGCUCUUUCAUGUACAUUUCGAAACUCUGGACUUCAAGCGGCAAACCGUCGGACGUACUCUGAUCGAUCAAUUUCGUUUCAUUUUAAGUUUACUGCUGGAUAUCUCUUUCCUUUUCCGGAGUUUUACGGCCAAUCUUCCCUAUUUGUAUCUCACCGAGUCCGUUCUGCUCAACGUCGGGAACUACUUGAGCCUGAUGCUGCUCGCUACGUUGACGUACACUCUGUCACUGUGGAAUCACUGCAAAUCCAAAGAGAUUUUCCAACUCUGCGCUAGCAUCAACGACUGCGAUCGGAAGCUGGAAAAACUCGGGAUUCCCGUUGAUCAUCGGCGGCAUCACUUUGCCAGUACGCUGUCGACUGGCGUUUGGAUGUGCUUUUCAGUGAUUAUUACGUUGAAUGCUGUGUCCGUCCGGCGUAACAAGGUUUUCGAUCCGGAUAGAACUGAUGACUUCGAAGCGAUCAUCGUUGUGGCCAUAUUCAGAAUCUCCACCAAUUUCAGUUUGUUUGUUUGCUACACCAGUUUGACGCUCUUUUCGAUCAACGGACGGCUUGCUAAACUUCAGGCAUUCCUAGCAACUACCGCUCUUCCAACCUCAGGCAGUUCCAAGCGAAUUUGCCAAACGAUUCGUCGAAUCGCCGCCGUUCACGAUCAACUCAGCGAUACGAUUCGGAUGUUCAACGACUGCUACUCGGUCCACACCAUGUAUGGCGUGAUCGCGUCUUCAUCGUUUUCGGUUUUCGUCGUUUUUGGACUGAUCCACGCCUAUGCCUCCAAUGUGAGCGAAGUCACGAUGCAAAUAGCUUGGAGAAAUAUGCUGUACGAUCUGUUCUACGUGCUGAUGCUGGCAAAGAUGCUCCUCAGCACGAGCCUUGUCAGCAGGAAUGUAGGCGUUUGCAAGAUCAACCUAAUCUUGGAAGAAACAGUUCUUAGUUUGAUUUUUUUCCAGUGCAAACGAAUGGCGCACGCAAUACACAAAGCAAUAUGCUACCGAUCGUACGAUAAGCAGAUAUUCAACGAACUUGGACGAUUUUCGCAACAGUUAGAACAUAACGCACCGAAGAUCAGUUGCGGGUUGUUUGAUUUCGACUGGACACUUCUCUACUCGGUGUGUUUCGACAGGGUUAAGAAUGGAAGCAGUGAGAAGCUUAACGAUACUUUUUAUUUGCAGAUCGCUGGAUCGUUUGCGACCUAUCUGGUCAUUCUGCUACAGUUCGACUUGGUGAAUUUGAAUUUUGUUCGGGAGUAGUUUAAAGUGUAGUGGUGCACAUUCAUAAUCAUCGUAGAAUAUUAUGUGAAAGCUACGAAUAAAAGUUGCAAAAGAACAGCCUGAGCACACGAUUUUUAAAUAAGAUCAGUGUUCAACCGCGACCAGAUAUAAUCAAAGCUGACACGAAUUUUGUUCGAUGUGAUUAUAUUAUUUUGCAAUUUUCGUGAUUUCCUACAGAAACUUCUUCCUCAGAUGUUUUCUUCUUUUUUUUUCUUCUACUCUUAGAUUCCACCUGGAAGCAAGCAACGUUCUGAGCUUGUCAAAAUACUCUUGAUGAUCAUUAAGAAAUGUUUCUAAGAAUAUAUCUUUUAACUCUACAGAAAAUCAGGAAAAUGGUGGAGAUUAAACGAUGGAUUUUCAGACAUUUUAGAGCUCAUACCAUCAAAAAAUUUGUUUAAGAAUUCUUCAAUUCCUUUGAAUAAUUCUACUAGGAAUUCAUUCGAGAAUUCUUCAAUAGAUUCUUCUAGGAUUACAUUCAACAAUAUUACCAAAUAUUAAUUUGAAACAUCUUGCAUAUGAUAAUAAAUCUUCGAGCUGUUUAGUAGAAUACCUAUAAGUAGAUGAAAAAACCGAAUU